AUGCCUCCGCUUCCGGGCUUCUCUGACAACCCGCUUACAACCCGGGAAGACGUCGUUCGUGCCAGCAGAGCGCUGAUCGCGCCGUUACUGCCCUACUUUUCUCCCGCGUGCGCACGAGUCCGCAUACCUGUGACGAUUGGCACGCACUUCGACGAGACGGCGGCCCAGCUGGAGGGCUUCGCACGGCCCCUGUUUGUUGUCGCGGCUCUACUCCAUGCCAAGGAGCCAGCCGACCAUCUCCUACAGCCUUGGAUCCAGGGCUUUGUGGCCGGCACAGAUCCCCAGCAUGCCGAGUACUGGGGUGAAAUAUCUGACAAGGAUCAGAGGAUGGUGGAGGCCGAGAUGGUUGCCUUUGGACUUCUUGUAGCACCGCGGGAGGCAUUGUGGGAUCAAUUCGCUGAAAGAACAAAGACAAAUGUAUCCAAUUGGCUGCGAGGCCUUCAGGGAAAGGACAUCCACACCUCCAACUGGCUCUGGUUCCGUGUCAUGUCGAGUAUCGCUCUGAUCAAGGUCUGUGGCGCUGAUCCACGAGAGCUCCAGGCGCAGAUGGACCAUGACCUCAAGACGCUCGACAUGAUGUAUUUGCAGGAUGGCUGGUCAAGCGAUGGCAUCUGGCCCGACCCAGACGACGUGUUUGCCACAGACGCGCGUGUUUUUGAAGAGACGGGCAAGCGAAAUCAGAACUUCUGGUCUCGUCAGGCUGACUAUUACUCUGGAAGCUUUGCAAUCCAGUUCAGUCAGCUGCUUUACGUCAAGUUUGCGUCUGACCUUGACCCAGCACGUGCCGAAAGGUAUCGGCAACAGGCCAGAGAUUUUGGGAGUGAAUUUUGGAGAUACUUUGACGAAAGCGGUGCUGCAAUCCCUUUCGGCCGGUCUUUGACGUAUCGAUUUGCCUGUGCUGCAUUCUUUGCCGCUUUAGCCAUGGCCGAAGUUGACAAUCUCCCUGCGCCCCUUGACAAGCCCGGCGCCGUCAAAGGCCAUCUCUUGAGGCACUUGCGAUGGUGGCGAGACCGUUCAGAGGACAUCUUCUCGUCAGACGGCACAAUCAACAUCGGAUGGCUAUAUCCAAACAUGUUCGUCAGCGAGGACUACAACUCACCGCAGUCCGUCUACUGGGCUCUAAAAUCUUUCGUUGUUGUCGCGCUCACGGCUGAUAAGCCCUUUUGGGCUGAAGCUGAGAGCCCAUACCCCAAGCCGUCCUCUGGCGUCCUGUAUCUCCCGGCGCCGCGACAGAUCAUUUGCAAUCAUCAGUUGGGGAAUCACCAUUUUCUCCUGAACCCGUCACAGUAUCUCACUAGGCCUUUCAAGAACGCGACAGCCAAGUUUUGCAAGUUCGCAUACUCUUCAGCCUUCACUCUGUCCCUGGCCGUGGGCAACAUCGUGGCCGGCCAGCUUGCCCCAGACAACUCACUCAUCCUCAGCAGAGACGGAACCGAAACAUGGGCGACCAAGAAAACCUGUACGGACGCUGUUAUCAGUAUCGCACAAGUCAGGGGGGUUAAGACUGAGGAGCUGACGGUGGCAUCGGCGACAUGGUAUCCGUGGGCUGACCGUCAAGCGACUGUCACCACCACUUUAGUCCCGCCUUCCGACCGAUGGCCAGACUGGCAUUUGAGAGUGCAUCGGAUUAAAGUCAACCAACCCCUCAAGACCCUGCACACCCUAGAGGGAGGUUUUGCCAUCGCAGGGCGUCGACGGGCUGACACGAAGCUGCUUCCCACAGUUACGCUGGACCAACUAGGCUCAGCAGCACAGCUAGGAACAGCAGAGGGCGUAUGCGAACAGGGCGAAGCUGCUGUGAUAUUCUCUGGAGCAGGAGCCUCUGGCGUCACGACACACGAGCUGGCUCACAGCCAGAGCUCGACCACUGUCUCAGUCAUCAAACCCGAGGCCAACACCAAUCUGACGGCACCGCGUACACUCUGCCCUAUCAUUCAACACUCGGUAUCUAACUUGUCCACCGGCGCCGAAAUCACCCUGACGACCAGUGUCUUUGCUAUUUCUCACGAAGCGAAUGGUGGACGGCGACUUUCGGGCAAGUCCUUGCUGGAGCGAUGGAAGGAUCGACCCCGGCUGAGAUUUGGGGAUGCGAAUGAAACUGGAGACGGAGAUUACAUUCAAUUGAGGUUUUGA